AUGAUAAAGGAAGUUGACGGUGAAGCGUCAGUUUUCGGUGCGGACAUAACCGUUGAAGCGGAUUGUCAGGCAAUUGUCGAAACCUGUGUCGCUCGCUACGGACGUGUCGAUAUUUUGCAUAACAACGUCGGGAUCGCAGCGGGCGAUGCUGACACGGUUGAUGUGACCGAAGCAAAUUGGGAACUAUUGAUGGACAUCAACCUCAAAGGCAUGUUUCUCACGAUUAAGCAUGUCCUGCCGGUGAUGCGAGCCCAAGGGGCCGGGGUCAUUAUCAAUAUCUCCUCGACAGCGUCGCUCUGCACGCGACCGACCAUGCUCGCUUACAAAACUAGCAAGGCUGCGAUCAAUGCGAUGACACAAAACCUCGCCAUUGAAAAUGCGGAAUACGGGGUGCGCGUGAAUGCGAUUUUGCCCGGUUUGAUGGAUACACCCAUGGCGAUUGAGCGGCGGGUAGCGGAGCAGGGAGUGAGCCGAGAAGUUAUACGUCAGGAGCGGGACGAAGAUGUACCGCUCUGCCAAAAGAUGGGCACCGGCUGGGAUGUCGCGGCUGCGGCUGCGUUCCUCGCGUCCGAUGAUGCAAGGUACAUCACAGGGGUACUUCUGCCCGUUGACGGCGGCUUGAGUGCGCGGGUUGGGUGA